CCCUCACGAAGUCGACCAUGGAGGGAGAAAGAGGGAACACCACCACAAACAUCAUUGACUGUGAACAACGAUACACGACACACGACACGCGAGUAAUUGUAGUUUAUCUCCAUUUGCACUCCAGGGGGACGACAUUCGCAGUCAUUACCUGUAAGCAACGUCCACGUUCGUUGCGAACCGACGCACUUUCAGUUCCCAUUUUUCCCUUUACGUUCGCUAGCUAGCUAGUGAGUGUGAGUGAGAGACCUGGACGGGUAACUGGAAUCACAGUCAGAGUAAUUGUUCACUGUCAAGUCGCCAACACAACUGAAUCGGUUGAUUGAUUGAUUGCUUGUGAGAGAUUGUGCGAAAGAGAAAAGAGACCUCUCGGACCGUCGACCCCACACGGUGAACCCGUCUACGCAGACACACACCAAACAACAACAACAACAACACACACAUCGUAGUAACGUAACGAUCUACCAUGCUCGCGGCGGACAAGCUGCAGCUGCAGUCGGCCUUGAAGCAGCAGGCGACGGCACUCAAGGAAAAGGAAUUCAAUCUCCACCAUUCCAACCUCAUGACUGUCGGGACGCAAGCCGCCGUCCUCGCCGGUCUCGACAUUACCAUGUUCAUUGAAUUCAAUCCCCCGGCAGAAGACUCCUGGGAGGAAGACUACCGAUCGCUUGGUCACGUACUCCGGAUGGUCUAUUACGGUGUGAUUGUCGGCGCCUUUUGCGCAAACAUGAUGGUGGUGGCACACACCACGGCGCUUUCCGUACUCGGUGCCGGACUCGCUCUGCGUGGACCGGACGGUAGUAUGAUGACCGCCACGGACGGAUUGUACCAGGAACGCAAUUCCGUCUUUCGAGUCUUCGGGGCGGGCCUCGCCCUCACCGUAGGCAGCGUCCUCGUUUCCGUCUGGCUACUCCUCCGCUGGGAAGCCGCACUCGUCUGUUGGAUCGUUACGCUCAUUACCUGUCGCACCAUGUACACCAAUUACCGACGAGUAGCAGCCCGAUUCGAUUACGACGAAUCCGAAACGGUCGAUUUUCGAGACAUUAUGGAAGGACCAGCCGCCAUUCGCGGUGUCCCCAUGUACGGAAAGCCCUCCCGGAGAAAGGUCCUCCAAGCCGCCGCCCUGUUGCAGAGACAGUUGCCCGUCCAAUCGAAUUACUAUUGCCGGAAAACAACAGCAACCGAUGAAAUCAACGCCAGCUACGAUGCUUCGGAAACAGGGGACGACUACGACGACCACGAUGAUGAUAUUGAUGCCGAUUGGAACCACCAUGCUGGCACCGAGGAAACGAUCGGCGGGAGAAAUUAA